AUGUUCAAAGUUCAAUCAGAAAUCUAUCAAUUCAACGGGAAAUUGUUAAAAUUACAACAUGAAUCCAAAUUGACUAACACUCCAAUGGAUGUCAAUGUAUACUUCCCUAAUAAGACUGGUAAAUUACCAAUUUUAUUAUACCUUUCAGGUUUAACAUGUACUCCAAACAAUGCUACUGAAAAAUCAUUCUUACAAUAUUUUGCUAGUAAAUAUGGAUUUGCUGUUAUCUUCCCUGAUACUUCUCCAAGAGGUGCUAAUAUUCAAGGUGAAGAUGAUAGUUGGGAUUUCGGUACUGGUGCUGGAUUUUAUGUUGAUGCUACUGAAGAACCAUGGAAGAAUCAUUACAACAUGUAUUCAUAUGUUCAUAAAGAAUUACAACAAGAAUUAGCUAAACAAUUCGAUAACUUAGAUUUUGAUAACAUCUCAAUCUUGGGACAUUCAAUGGGUGGAUAUGGGGCUUUAGCCGGAUUUUUAAAGAAUCCAGGUCAAUAUAAAUCUGUUAGUGCUUUUGCUCCAAUCUCAAAUCCUUCCAAUUGUCCUUGGGGUGAAAAGAAUUUCGGUAAUUAUUUAGGUUCCGAUAAAUCUAAAUGGUUAGAAUAUGAUCCAACUCAUUUGAUCAAAAGUUAUAAAGGUGAUAACCAACCAGAUAUUUUGAUUCAUCAAGGUAAAGCUGAUGGAUUUUAUGCUAAAGAUCAUCAAUUACAACCAGAAAACUUUGUUGAAGCCACUGAAGCUUCUGAUUAUAAAGGAAAGGUUUUAUUAAAUGUUGUUGAAGGUUAUGAUCAUUCAUACUUCUUCAUUUCUUCCUUCGUUGAAGAUCACGUCAAACAUCACAUUAAAUAUUUAGGUUUAUAG